AUGAAUUCUGUUGAGACCCAGGCUAAGAAGGUUAAUGUGAGGAUUACUAGGUGUGGGUACACUGGGGAAGAUGGUUUCGAGAUUUCUUUCAAGGGGAGACAUGCUGAAGAUAUUGUGGAGAUGAUUCUAAGGCAGCAAGAGGUUAAGAUGGCUGGUCUUGCUGCUAGAGAUAGUUUAAGGUUAGAAGCUGGUUUGUGCUUAUAUGGUCAUGAUAUUAAUGAAGAAACAACACCGGUUGAAGCUGGGCUUACUUGGCUAAUUGGUAAAAGUUUUUAUUACACUUAA